CUGGCACAGCCAACGGCCCUGCCACACCGACACCAGGCUGCGCGACGAUGGACGACGACUUGUUCGACGUGUUCGAGGACAAGCCUCAGGCGGCCAACACCAAAAAGGCCGGCAAGAAGAGGUCACUGAAUGGUGAUGUCAAGCAGAAUGGCGGCGACACGAACAUGACCGACGCUUCGAGUGUGUCUCCAGCAGCAGUCGGUUCGAAGACCGACGCGAGAGACUUCGCUGGAGACGCCAAUGGCGACACGCCGCAAGGAGACGACACCGAUGCCCGCGGGCAGAAGCGACCACGAUUGGAGGACGAACCAGAGCCGGUCGUGACAGAUGAGUUCGAGACAGAACAGCAGCGCGAGGUCGCGGCGGCGGCAGGGUUACAGGCACAACAAGAGGGCAGUGCCGUGACGAUCAAGCAUCAAGUGCGCCAUCAAGUGUCCCUGCCGCCGGACUGCGAAUAUGUGCCCAUUUCACAACACAAGCGGCCAGAGAAUCCGGCGCGCGUUUGGCCCUUCGCCCUCGAUCCUUUCCAGGAGGUCUCGAUUGCAUCCAUCGAGCGAAACGAGAGUGUAUUGGUCUCGGCACACACUUCAGCAGGAAAGACUGUGGUGGCAGAAUAUGCGAUCGCGCAAUGCCUGAAGAACAACCAGCGUGUCAUCUACACGAGUCCCAUCAAGGCGCUCAGCAACCAGAAGUACCGUGAAUUCCAGGCGGAGUUCGGCGAUUGUGGGUUGAUGACCGGAGAUGUCACCAUCAACCCUACAGCGACCUGCUUGGUCAUGACGACUGAGAUUUUGCGAUCUAUGCUGUACCGCGGCAGCGAGAUCAUGCGCGAGGUCGCGUGGGUGGUCUUUGACGAGGUACACUACAUGAGAGACAAGACACGAGGUGUUGUGUGGGAAGAGACAAUCAUCCUGCUUCCCGACAAGGUUCGCUACGUCUUCCUGUCCGCCACUAUCCCCAACGCCAUGCAGUUCGCCGAGUGGAUCACCAAGACGCAUAAUCAACCAUGCCACGUGGUGUACACCGACUUCCGACCUACGCCUCUUCAACACUACUUCUUCCCAGCUGGUGCCGACGGCAUUCAUCUGAUUGUCGAUGAGAAGGCUGUGUUCAAGGAGGAGAACUUCAACAAGGCUAUGGCCGCCAUCGCAGAGAAAGCCGGCGACGAUGGGUCCGAUCCAAUGGCGAAGCGCAAAGGCAAGGGCAAAGACAAGAAGACGAAUAAGGGAGGCCGCAAAGAUGGUCCGACUGACAUCUACAAGAUCGUCAAGAUGAUCAUGAUGAAGAACUACAAUCCCGUCAUCGUCUUUUCCUUCUCGAAGCGCGAGUGCGAGAACUAUGCUCUGCAAAUGUCUCAACUGGCGUUCAACGACGAAUCUGAAAAGGCGAUGGUGUCGAAAGUCUUUGACUCGGCCAUCGAGAUGUUGUCAGAGGAAGACAAGCAGCUUCCGCAGAUUCAGCACAUUCUGCCACUUCUCCGUCGUGGUAUUGGUAUUCACCACUCAGGUCUGCUGCCCAUCCUCAAGGAGACCAUCGAGAUUCUGUUCCAGGAAGGCCUGAUCAAGGUCCUGUUUGCGACAGAAACCUUCUCCAUUGGUCUCAACAUGCCUGCCAAGACAGUCGUGUUCACGUCUGUGCGCAAGUUUGACGGGAUUACGCAGCGAUGGGUGACACCUUCGGAGUUCAUUCAAAUGUCUGGCCGUGCUGGUCGUCGUGGUCUUGAUGAGCGUGGUAUUGUGAUCAUGAUGAUCGACGAAAAGAUGGACCCACCAGUCGCCAAAGAGAUCGUCAAGGGCGAACAAGAUAAGCUCAACUCGGCAUUCCAUCUUGGUUACAACAUGAUUCUCAAUCUGAUGCGUGUCGAAGGAAUCAGUCCGGAAUUCAUGUUGGAGCGCUGCUUCUUCCAAUUCCAGAAUGCAGCAUCUGUCUCCGGCCUUGAGAAGCAACUCAUUGAGCUUGAGCAGAAGCGUGCAGAUGUGAUCAUCGAGGACGAGCCACAGGUGAAGGAAUACUACGAUCUCAGGCAGAAUCUGGACACUUAUUCUGCUGAAAUGAAGCAGGUUAUUACCCAUCCGCAAUAUCUGUGCAAGUUCUUGCAAUCCGGUCGCCUGGUUAAGGUGAAAUACAAGAACUACGACUUUGGCUGGGGCGCGGUCGUUAAUUUCGUCCGCGUCAAGCCAGGCCGAGGUCAGAACGAAGACGACGUUCAAGCUGGGCAGUCUGUGAUCGUCGACGUGCUUCUCAACGUUGCUGCAGACAGUACCUCAGUCCCUUCAAGCCAGCUCAAGGACGAUUUGCCACCUGGAGUCCGGCCUUGCGCACCUGGCGAGAAGGGCAAGAUGGAAGUCGUACCAGUUAUGAACGGCAUCAUCGACAGCGUGGGUCAUCUUCGCGUGUUUCUGCCCAAUGAUCUUAGAACAACCGAACAACGAAACACCGUACGAAAGGCCCUCGAGGAAGUGGCUCGCCGCUUUCCAGAUGGCGUCGCGAUUCUCGACCCGAUCGAGAAUAUGGGCAUCAACGAUGAUGGCUUCAAAAAGCUACUGCGCAAGAUCGAGGUGCUCGAGCACAAGCUGCUCUCGCAUCCGCUUCACAAGAGCGAGAGACUGGACGAACUCUACGACCAGUACGCGUCCAAGAUCGCUAUUACGAAUGAGAUCAAAGAGGCGCGAAAGAAGAUGUCGGAUGCGAUGGCUGUUCUUCAGCUCGACGAGUUGAAGAACCGCAAGCGCGUGCUUCGUCGUCUGGGCUUCACCAACGAUGCCGAUGUCGUUCAGCUGAAGGCCCGUGUCGCUUGCGAGAUCUCCACUGGCGAUGAGUUGGUGCUUUCCGAGCUGCUUUUCAAUCGUUUCUUCAACGAGCUCACGCCAGAGCAAUGCGCAGCCACACUUUCAGCAUUCAUCUUCGAGGAGAAGAGUGAUGAGGCCCCAGCACUCAAGGAGGAGCUGGCCAAGGCUUACAGAGAAAUCCAGGCACAAGCACGCCAGAUCGCCAAGGUCUCGAUGGAAUGCAAGGUACUAGUGAACGAAGAGGAGUACCUUCAGAGCUUCAAGCACCAGUUAAUGGAGGUUGUGCUCUCCUGGUGCAACGGCGCAUCUUUCGCCGAUAUUUGCAAAAUGACCGAUGUCUACGAGGGCUCCCUCAUCCGACUUUUCCGCCGCCUCGAAGAACUCCUUCGCCAAAUGGCCCAGGCCUCCAAGGUCAUGGGCUCCGAGGAACUGGAGAAGAAAUUCGAGGGCGCCUUAGGCAAGGUCAGACGCGACAUCGUCGCCGCACAGAGUUUGUACUUGUAGAAUGCGUAUCGGACAUACAGGACACUUCAGGACGAGACCACCGGGACUGGAUAUGGGAAAGAGGCGUUCAACAAAAUUGUAGCAUGUAGUAUUCGAACGAUUGCUAUCGCCGCGAAAGGCUUUAGCCAUGCCGGGCCUGACCUUCGUGCCGGAGAGAUUGCUGUGAGCCUUUCGGGGCUUGGUGCGAUGCGAUCUCGACGAUGGUGCCGAGGAGGCUGGCGGGACCUUAGACUGAUCUUUGUCUCUUUCGACUUCUGGACGGC